UUUAUUAAAAUUUUAUUAUUAAAAUUAAUAAUUUAUUUUAAUUGAAAAUGCCACCCAAGAGGAAAAAAAGAAAGGUGAUAACAUACGAAUCCUGGUCAAAGAGGAGGAAAGUAAAGAGAUCCAGUGCAGGGGCUUCUUCAGGAAAAGAGAUUUCAAAUUCAAUUCAAGAGAGGAGACCCAUAGCUAUAAAUGAACAAUCAUCAGCACCUGGGGCCCAGCCCACCAAGUCUUCAAAAAAUGAUACCCCUGGGUCAGAAAAGGAAAAUGUCUAUGAUACUGAUGAGUCGUUUGAUGAAGAAGUUUGGGCAGAACCAGUUAUUUUGCCGGAGCCUGUUUCAAUCAAAUCGUGGAAGCCGAUUUCGUCAUCGACAAUCUUUACUUUUAGAGAAAUAAUGGAAUCAAAUGUCAAGGAAAGUCUAAGGGGUCUUAGUGGUAACAAGAGAAAGACGGCAGAGAAAGAAUUAAGAGAAAUAAUAACAAAAGUAUGCGAUAAAUUAAAAGAUGAGAAAGUUCCUAUAUUUUAAAUCCCAAGAAGAUUAUAUAAUACUGGAGCAGGUGGAACAAUGAUUCAUUUGCAUUAAUUAUUGCUGCACUUCAUUCUGACUAAAGAGUAGAUAUUAAUUCUGUCCUGUUAUUAUAAUAAUUUUUUUAAAGUUGUAUGUAUGUGAAUUAAAAAUUAA